AUGGCUGAUAAAGGUAUUAGUUACUGCGUAGAUGGACCUGUUUCUAUCAUCAGCAUUAACAAGGCCAAGACAUUAAAUUCUAUGAGUGGUGAUGAUUACAUAAAAUUAGCAGAACUGGUUGACAAAGCCGAUAAUGAGCCUAAAACAUUUUUUACACUCCUACAAAGUUGUGGUAGCUUUUUCUCUAGUGGUGCAGACUUUGUCUCUAUUACCGAACCUUCAAAAUCUAACAGUGGUGAAUCAGAACUUAAGAAAUGGCUUGACAAUUUUUUAUCCAGGAAUUCAUAUGUUACAAGUGUUUUCAUUAGACAUAGAAAAAUUUUAAUAUGCUGUUUGAAUGGUCCUGCCGUAGGCCUUUCAGCGGCUCUGUGUGCUCUGUGUGAUAUUGUAUAUGCGAUGAACGAUAAAGUCUAUUUGAGAUUUCCAUUUGUGGAGCUAGGGCUUGUCAUGGAAGGUGGUACUUCUGUUACCUUACCACUAAAAUUGGGGAAUAAUAAAACUAUGGAAACGAUUUUGUUUAACAAGAAUUUAACUUACGAUGAAUUGAAAGGUACUAUAGUCACACGUAAUUACGAUAUGACUGAUACUCAAGAGUUUAAUCAACGUGUGAUUAACGACUUGAAAAACCGUGCCAAUAAUGUUUACCUGCCCAGUAUUUUGGGGAUCAAGAAAUUAAUUUCUAUCAAUUACAAGGAUAACGUUCAAAGAGCUAAUUCUGUAGAGACGUCAGAUGCCAUAACUUCAUGGGUCAAUGGUGAACCUCAGAGGAGGUUUAAGAUACUUAAGACUAAGCUGAGGAAACAUAAGGUAUAA